AUGCUCUUCUCGUCUUUGCGGUCGACGACAUGUUUAUUGAUCUCAUUUGUACUGACUGAUCAUGUUAACGCUAAACCAUAUGUUCUGGACCACAGGACAAAUGUCUCGUACACAGGAAUUACCUCUAGCAGAGGGGUGGAAACUUUCCGGGGUAUCCGAUACGGUUUAGAUACAAGUGGUGAAAACAGAUUCGCCCCUCCUCGAGCUUUCGUCCCUCUCCACGGCUAUCAUUACAAUGCUACGAUCCCGGGUUUUGAUUGCCCUCAGCCUCCAGACUCGGGUUUCUUGUUCCAAACAAACGUCACAAAUAUUUCAGAAGAUUGCUUGAAUCUGAAUAUUGCCAGACCAUCUUGGGCUAAGGAUGGCUCAAAGUUGCCAGUCAUGGUUUACAUCUAUGGAGGUGCAUUAAUUGACGGCACUGUCAAUGAGAGGACCACUGCACCUGAUGGACUUAUCCAUGCAUCUGUUGAAGGCGGUCAGCCUGUAAUCUAUGUUGGAAUGAACUACCGUCUCAAUAUUUUCGGGUUUGCAGCUUCUGAAGCUCUGAGACCAAACAAGUCUCUCAAUGUGGGUCUCAAGGAUCAAAGAUUGGCUCUUGAAUGGAUCCAACGGAACAUUGAAAUAUUUGGGGGAGAUAAAGAUCAAGUGACAAUCUUCGGACAAUCCUCAGGAGGUUUGAGCGUGGGUUUACAAAUUCUCGCGUACGGAGGCUCGAAGCCUGUACCCUUUCACGCAGCUGUAAUGGAAAGUACUGCACUCGAGCCAACUAUGUCUUCAAACAUCAGCUUCAAUUCCACCGCUGCAGUUGCUGCUUUUGCUGGAUGCAAUACUACUGAUUAUCAAUCCAUGGCCACGAUUGCCUGCUUGCGAUCACUCUCCAUGGAGACUCUCUUGAAUCUCAUGAUUAACCAAGAAGUCGAUAGCGCUGACAGCAAUGACGGAGAUAUCUAUCUCCCGAUUGUCGACCAAGACUUCCUUCCUCAAAAAGCAUCGAAACUCCUCGCACAAGGGAAAUUUGCCAAAGUACCCAUUAUUGGUGGAUGGAUGGAAGAUGACGCCACACUCUUCACAUCUAUCACCAUUGAAACCGCAAAUGAUACAAGAGAUUUCCUGUCCAACUUGUACAGAGGUGUCAAUAUGACUACAUUUGAUGAGCUCUUAGAUCUGUAUCCUGUAUCCGAAUUCCAAGCCGAUCCCAGCGCAAACUUAAGUGCCGAGUACUAUCGCUGCGCCCAGGUCUUUCGCGAUGUCUUGCUCGCCUGCCCCACUGUUCUUUUUAGCCAAGCCAUGGCUAAAAAAUACAACACUACAAAUCCACCGUCAUAUUUGUACGUUGGAAAUCAAACAAUCCUAACCUCCUAUCUCGAUGCUACGGGUGAUGCUGGAUUUGGGGUUAUCCACACAAGUGAGCUUGCGUAUCUUUUCAAUAAUAUUGAUCUCUUCAAUGUCACGGAUUUCGACCUUCCAGGAUAUGUUUUUGAGCCUACUGAAAGUGAUUAUGCGUUAGCGAAGAGUUUACCGUUGUCGUGGAUUUCUCUUGGAAAAUAUGGGGACCCGUCGAAGAUUAAUGGAUCGAUGGCGGGGUGGACAUCCGCGUGGCCAACCAGGGGAGGAGAGGGAGAGAUCUUUGUCAUUGGAGGUGGAAAUGGGGGCAUGAGCAAGCUCGGAAGUGAUGGAGGGAAUAGCGGAAUAGUGGGAGAGAGGUUAGUGGAGAGAUGUGGCUUCUUAGGGAGGGAGGAUGUUAUUGAACAGUUUCAGUACUGA